AUGCUCAAAGGAGUUGUCAACCAUCCAUAUUGGCUCCUACUUUACAAUAAAAUAAAAAAUUACAAGGAGAACCGAAUAGCCCUGGAUGAGGAGAAACCCUCCCCAUGUGUUUCCGUGAGGUCACAGGGCACUGGCACCUGUUCUGUGCAGGUGUCCCCCAGGCCUCCCAGCGAGCAGGCGCGGGAGGCGGCCAGCGCCAACUACCACGUCCUGCGGACCGGCUGCUUCCCCUUCAUCAAGUACCACUGCUCCAAGGCCCCCUGGCAGGACUUGGCCCCGCAGGACCGCUUCUUCACGGCGCUCAAGGUCGUCAACCUCGGUAUUCCAACUCUAUUAUAUGGACUUGGGUCCUGGUUAUUUGCCAGAGUCACAGAGACAGUACAUACCAGUUAUGGACCAAUAACAAUUUAUUUUCUAAAUAAAGAAGACGAAGGUGCCAUGUAUUAAAAGUGUGCACUGGAGAAUAUAACUAUCAGUGGGUUUUCUCUUGUGUAUAUUUGCAAUAUUUAUUUUUGAUCCUGUAAAAUAAAACUUUUG